AAUCAACAACUUAGACAAAUGCAUGAGUUGUUAGCAAGUUUACAGCAGCAAUUGGCAGCGCUUAACACAGUUGAAGCCGCGCAGCAAUAUCCAAGCUCUUGUCUAACAACUGCUAUAAGGACUAGCGGCAUUUAUAAGAUACAAGUGCCUGGCCUGGCUGCCUUUGAGGUUUAUUGUGAUGCAGACUUGGCUGGCAUAGGCUGGUUGGUUAUACAAAGACGGCUCAAUGGCAGUCUAAACUUUUAUCGCAAUUGGCAGCAGUACAAAGACGGAUUUGGUGUUGUCCAAGGCGAGUUCUUUAUAGGAUUGGAUAAGCUGCGUGCUAUAACAGCACUGGAGCCCUACGAGCUUUAUGUGCAUCUGGAAGACUUUGAGGGUGUUAAGCGCUUUGCUAAAUACGAUGAAUUUGCCAUUGGCAACGAGGCGGAUGAUUAUGCGCUAAAUGCUUUGGGCGCUUACACAGGCAACGCUGGAGAUUCGCUGCGUAGUCAUCGCAAAAUGAAAUUCUCUACCUAUGAUAGGGAUAAUGAUGCGGAAUUUCAGCGCAAUUGCGCCUUUUUGCAUAUGGGCGCUUGGUGGUAUAAUGCAUGUGUGGAUAGCAAUCUGAAUGGCCAAUAUAUUCCAGGUGGCAAGUAUGAGGAGCAGCUCUUUGCACGCGGCAUGUGCUGGAGAGCGUGGCGUGGUCAUAACUAUGGCUACAAAACUGUGCAAAUGAUGAUCAGACCCAAGUGUCGUAACUUCUCAGGCAACAAUAGCAAGCAAUGAUUCAAUUUCAUAAACAAUUUAUAUAAAAUAUUUAGAUUUGUAUGCA